AUGUUAACAUUAGCAACACCUGAAUCUAACACGGCAAUAACAACAGCACCUGAAUCUACAGUAGAAAUAUCAUCAAUUGAAGGUACCACUGAUAUAACAAAACUUGACUCAUCUAUACAAACUGGAUCUAUUACAGGAAUAACGACACUACCACCCACCAGUCACAUAGCUAUGCCAGAAUCUACUGCAGAGAUACCAACACCUCAGGCUACAAUGAUAUCAACACCUGAAGCUACCACGAAUCUACUAACACCUGAAUCUACCACAAACAAUGCAAUACAUGAUUCUACUGCAAGGAUAAAUACAGACGGAUCCUCCACAGGUAUAACAACAUCUGAUUUAACACGAUGGAUAACAAACUUAGAAUCUACCGCAGCAACUACAUUAACCGAGUCUUCCAUAGAGAUGACAUCACUUGAAGCUACACCAAUGAUGACUGUGCAAGAAACUAUGUCAACAUUAGCAACUCCUGAAUCUAACUCUGGAACAAAAACAGCACCUGAAUCUACUGUAGAAAUGUCAUCAAUUGAAACUACCACUGAUAUAACAAAACUUGACUCAUCUAUACAAACUGAAUCUAUUACAGGAAUAACGACACUACCGCCCACCAGUUAUAUAACUAUGCCAGAAUCUAAUACAGAGAUACCAACACCUCAGGCUACAAUGAUAACAACACCUGAAGCUACCACAAAUCUACUAACACCUCAAUCUACCACAAACAAUGCAAUACAUGAUUCUACUGCAAGGAUUAAUACAGACGGAUCAUCCACAGGUAUAACAACAUCUGAUUCAACACCAUGGAUAACAAACUUAGAAUCUACCGCAGCAACUACAUUAACCGAGUCUUCCAUAGAGAUGACAUCACUUGAAGCUACACCAAUGAUGACUGUGCAAGAAACUAUGUCAACAUUAGCAACUCCUGAAUCUAACUCUGGAACAAAAACAGCACCUGAAUCUACUGUAGAAAUGUCAUCAAUUGAAACUACCACUGAUAUAACAAAACUUGACUCAUCUAUACAAACUGAAUCUAUUACAGGAAUAACGACACUACCGCCCACCAGUUAUAUAACUAUGCCAGAAUCUAAUACAGAGAUACCAACACCUCAGGCUACAAUGAUAACAACACCUGAAGCUACCACAAAUCUACUAACACCUCAAUCUACCACAAACAAUGCAAUACAUGAUUCUACUGCAAGGAUUAAUACAGACGGAUCAUCCACAGGUAUAACAACAUCUGAUUCAACACCAUGGAUAACAAACUUAGAAUCUACCGCAGCAACUACAUUAACCGAGUCUUCCAUAGAGAUGACAUCACUUGAAACUACACCAAUGACGACUGUGCAAGAAACUAUGUCGACAUUAGCAACACCUGAAUCUAACACGGCAAUAGAAACAGCACCUGAAUCUACAGUAGAAAUAUCAUCAAUUGAAGCUACCACUGAUAUAACAAUACUUGACUCAUCUAUACAAAGUGAAUCUAUUACAGGAAUAACGAACUUACUGCCCACCAGUCACAUAACUAUGCCAGAAUCUAAUACAGAGAUACCAACACCUCAGGCUACAAUGAUAACAACACCUGAAUCUACCACAAAUCUACUAACACCUGAAUCUACCACAAACAAUGCAAUACAUGAUUCUACUGCAAGGAUAAGUACAGACGGAUCUUCCACAGGUAUAACAACAUAUGAUUCAACACAAUGGAUAACAAACUUAGAAUCUACCGCAGCAACUACAUUAACCGAGUCUUCCAUAGAGAUGACAUCACUUCAAACUACACCAAUGAUGACUGUGCAAGAAACUAUGUCAACAUUAGCAACACCUGAAUCUAACUCUGGAACAAAAACAGUACCUGAAUCUACUGUAGAAAUAUCAUCAAUUGAAACUACCACUGAUAUAACAAAACUUGACUCAUCUAUACAAACUGAAUCUAUUACAGGAAUAACGACACUACCGCCCACCAGUCACAUAACUAUGCCAGAAUCUAAUACAGAGAUACCAACACCUCAGGCUACAAUGACAACAACACAUGAAGCUACCACGAAUCUACUAACACCUGAAUCUACCACAAACAAUGCAAUACAUGAUUCUACUGCAAGGAUAAGUACAGACGGAUCUUCCACAGGUAUAACAACAUAUGAUUCAACACAAUGGAUAACAAACUUAGAAUCUACCGCAGCAACUACAUUAACCGAGUCUUCCAUAGAGAUGACAUCACUUCAAACUACACCAAUGAUGACUGUGCAAGAAACUAUGUCAACAUUAGCAACACCUGAAUCUAACUCUGGAAUAAAAACAGCACCUGAAUCUACUGUAGAAAUAUCAUCAAUUGAAACUACCACUGAUAUAUAA